UAUUUACAUAAGUUUACCGCAUAACUCUCAAACAUGAGAGGGGUGUUUACGGUAAUUACUGCAAAUACACGUCCGACUCCGCUCUUAAACUCCAAGUCUCGCUGCCAGUCGCAGUCGUCAGUGUGUUGCGUCUCUCGUUAACUAUGUGCUCUGCUAUCACUCUCGGCCGGCCACUACGCUGCCGGCGAUUUCCCGGUGACCGGAGUACAAAGCCGAUCAAAAGUGAACCGGGGAAAUUCAAAGUGCCUUCAAGCUCUCUCCAAUUGCCCAAGGGCAAUUGUUCCGGUAGCGUCUCGUCAACGGGUUAUCUCCCCGGUUUUGGACUUCGGAAUGGUUUGUCACUCGUUUCUGGACUCGUUCUUCGAUCUCGAGUCGGUGUUUCCUCGAACGAUGCUCAGUUCGGUUCGUUUAAUGAGGAUAAGGAUGUCGAGGCGCCGAGUCGUUUCGAGUUUAUCACGUCUGAGAGGGUUAAGGUUGUGGCCAUGCUUGCUUUGGCUCUCGCGCUUUGUAAUGCUGAUCGGGUUGUGAUGUCCGUUGCGAUUGUUCCGUUGUCUCUAUCCCAUGGCUGGAGCCGAUCGUUCGCCGGUAUAGUUCAGUCAUCGUUCCUUUGGGGUUAUUUUGUUUCUCCAAUAGCCGGCGGAGCGCUGGUGGACUACUAUGGUGGUAAGAUGGUUAUGGCCUGGGGGGUGGCUUUGUGGUCACUGGCCACAUUUCUGACUCCUUGGGCCGCUGAAACUUCGUUAUGGGCACUUCUCUCUAUGCGUGCUUUGCUCGGCGUUGCUGAAGGUGUGGCCCUUCCUUGUAUGAACAACAUGGUUGCUAGAUGGUUUCCUCCAACAGAACGAGCCAGGGCCGUUGGUAUUGCAAUGGCUGGGUUUCAGUUGGGAAGUGCAAUAGGGCUCGUGCUUUCUCCAAUCCUAAUGUCUCGAGCUGGUAUACUUGGACCAUUUGUCAUUUUUGGGUUGUCAGGGUUUUUAUGGGUUCUUGUAUGGAUAUCUGCAAUAUCCAGUACUCCUGAUCAGAAUCCUCAGAUAUCCAAAUAUGAAUUGGAAUAUGUACUAAAGAAGAGGCAAGAAUCUUUCGUGGUGGAGAAAGUACCCCGGACUACUGUUAUUCCUCCAUUUAGGCGGCUACUUUCUAAAAUGCCGACAUGGUCUCUUAUCGUUGCCAAUGCUAUGCAUAGUUGGGGAUUCUUCGUGAUUCUUUCAUGGAUGCCUAUCUACUUCAACUCCGUGUAUCAUGUUGAACUCAGACAAGCUGCGUGGUUUAGUGCUGUUCCGUGGAGUGUGAUGGCAGUGAUGGGAUAUUUUGGUGGAUUGUGGUCAGAUGGGUUAAUACGAAGUGGUACAUCUAUCACUUUGACAAGAAAAAUGAUGCAGUCGAUAGGUUUUAUUGGCCCUGGGAUUGCUCUGAUCGGUCUUACCUCAGCCAGAAGUGCAUCAAUAGCAUCCGCAUGGUUGAUCAGAAAUGUUAGAUGCUUGAAUACACACUUCAGAAAACUACAAAUAAAAUGGUGGCUGAAAGAUUUUAGCCCACAAUACUCUGGUGUGCUCCACGGCAUGUCUAAUACUGCUGGGACACUUGCUGCUAUUGUGGGAACAGUUGGGGCUGGUUUCUUCGUAGAACUUGUGGGCUCUUUCCAAGGAUUUCUGUUGCUAACCUCUGUGCUGUAUUUCAUGGCUGCGCUUUUCUACAUCCUAUUUUCUACGGGGAAGAGGGUAAAUUUUGAAGAGACUAGUUCGGCAGAGUAGCCUCAGUUUCCAGUGAACAAAUUCUUGCUCAUCUGGUGUUUAAUAUUAUGCCAAAUAACCACCAGUCAUGUUGAAGAGCACGGAGAGCAAAAAUCAAAUUGGAAGUUUGUAAAAUCAAAAAGGUAAAGUAAAAUAAAGAAAGGAAUGUCCCAAACCGAUUGAUAUGAACAGAGAAAAGCGAUAACUGUCCGCAAAUCAAUGGCCAGGCACCAAAUUUUACAUCA